AUGCGUCUUGACUUCCUGGCGCUGGUCGUUCUGGCCAGCGCAUCGACCCUCACCCCCAAUGUUCUACCGUUGAUCGUCCGAAACCCAUACCUGAGCACCUGGUUAUACAACGCCCGCGAUGCGCCGUGGGAGAAUUGGCCGGUGUUCUAUACUGGAGCCCAUGUCGGUUUCUCCGUCAUGGUCUCCGUCCCAGAGACCGGCAAAGUCUAUCCUCUCCUCGGGCGGCCCCAUGACUCCCUCCGGCACGACCAUGAACAUUACCAAGUGGGGUACCCCGAAUAUCUCGGUGCGGCUUUCGAUGCGUCAACGACGAACUUGACGUAUCAAGUGUCUGGGACAUCGUCCGAUAAGAAUGCUCGGCUAACGCUGUCAUUCUUAUCUCCAAUCACCCCGUCAUCCACGUUCCGACAAUCGAUCCCAGCGGCCUACCUAACUGUGAUCGUCGAGGGAUGUCUUGAUGUUAACAUCUACACCGACACCAACGGCGAAUGGGUUACGGGAAAUCGAGGCAACGAGGUACAAUGGGAACUGCACAAGCACCGCCGCUCCGGGAACGAGAGUAGUGGCAGUAAUGCAAAUGCGGUGCUCAAGACUUGGAAGGUCUCGAGGCUUCAUGAACAGCUCUUUACUGAGUUUGCAGACCGCUCCGAAUGGGGAACAUUACAUUUCACUGGACCCGCUGAUGUUUACCAUCAAAGCGGGACAUCCGCGCUCCUGCGCCAGCACUUUGCAGAGAAAGGCGUGUUGAAGAACGAAGUCGACCAGAAGUUCCGCUCGGUUAUGGACCAGGAACCCGUGUUUGCCUUCGCCAAGUCGUUCAAGUUAGGUGACAAGAAAGGGAAAUGUCACAGGAAAACGGAGAGCGUCACCUUCACCUUCGCCCUCAUCCAAGAUCCGGUGGUCCAGUUCGCAAGAGCAAAGGGGUUAACACACAUGAAGCCACUCUGGGAAUCACAUAUCUCCAACCCCAACGAGCUGAUCAAGUACCACUACAAUGACUUUGAAACCGCUGUAACACUUGCCAAGAACUACUCGGACUCGCUUGCCGUCGAUGCGUACCGCUCCGGCUCGCAAGACUACCAGGACAUCGCCGCGCUCUCGGCCCGCCAGGUUCUGGGUGCUACCCAGUUCUCCGGAACGCCAGACAACCCUAUCUUGUUUCUAAAAGAGAUUUCAUCCAACGGCAAUUUUCAGACCGUAGAUGUCAUCUUCCCGGCCUUUCCCUUCUUCCUGUACACCAAUCCGCAGUGGCUGGCGUACCUGCUGGAACCACUACUUGAGCAUCAGCUGAGCGGCCAAUAUCCGAACGACUACAGCAUGCACGAUCUCGGAUACCAUUUCCCCAAUGCGACAGGUCAUUCGGACGGGAGGGACGAGUAUAUGCCCGUCGAGGAGUGUGGGAACAUGCUCAUCAUGGGCCUCGCGCUCGCCAAUGCGCUUCGCUACGAUACGGAGCCCGCCUUCGCGAAAGCAAUGGUGAGCAGCGAGGCAGGAGAAUUGACGUCCUUUGCCAAAUGGCAAGGUCAUGUCGACAAGCACGGUUUUGAUGUGUCACGAACUCAGGAGUCUGAAGCAACCACUACCAAGGCCACAGGGCGCAAGACCGCUGAAAAGUGGCUCUCUCGCUCGUACAAACUCUGGUCUAAGUGGACAGGUUACCUCGUCCGUGAGUCACUCAUCCCGCACAAUCAGCUCUGCACCGACGACUUCGCCGGCUGGCUAGCCAACCAGACGAAUCUCGCGCUCAAGGGCAUUGUUGGGAUCAGGGCCAUGAGCGACAUCGCGGACCUAGUCGGCCAGGACGAAGAUGCGAAGCGCUACAAGGACAUCGCCGAUAACUACAUCGACAAGUGGCAGGAGUAUGGCAUAUCACGCGACGGGACGCACGCCAAGUUGGCAUACACGUGGUACGGCUCAUGGACCACCAUCUACAACUUGUACGCCGACUCGCUCCUAUGCUUCCACGUUGAGGAUGAGAACAAAGCCGGGAACGGUCGCAUCGGAAGAGUCGGCCAGAAGCCGAUCGGAGGCGACAUUGGGAAGGAGACGGCAUUUAUCCCCGACAAGGUUUACCAGAUGCAGAGCGACUGGUAUCAUGCCGUGUUGCAAAAGUUCGGCCUACCCCUUGACUCAAGGCACUUGUACACCAAGAGCGACUGGCAGUUCUUUGCGGCGGCGGUAACGGGAAGGGAAACCCGGACGGAGAUCCUGACGGCCGUGGCACGGUGGGUGAAUGAGACUGUCGUUGAUCGACCGUUCACCGACUUGUACGAAACUGAGGGCGAUGGGAACUUCCCUAACAACAUUCGUUUCAUGGCUCGGCCGGUCGUAGGCGGCCACUUUGCCUCUUUAGCACUGGAGCGAGCUUGUGGUGGAAAGGCUGUCGAGGCGCUGCGGUUCUUGGACGAGAAACCUCCAGCUGCGCUCAAUGUCGAUAAGGUGCUUCAAGGGGAGCGGAAUGUUGGGAUGGGCGGUGAUGACGAGUGGGAGGAUCUCUAG